AUGGAACUGAACCGAGAACAUUUUCGCGCCAUAAUUUAUUACAACUUUCAGAGACAAUUAUCGCAACAAGAAUGCCUUGCUGAGUUACUGUCUGUUUUCGGCAACGAAGCGCCACAUCAGUCAAUUUCCCGUUGGUAUGGAGAAUUCAAACGUGGACGGGUGAGUCUUAGCGACGAUUCCAGGGUGGGUGCACCAAAAACGGCAGUCACCCAGGAAAACGUCGAUGCUGUGCGCAAAGUCAUCAUUGAAGAUAGACAUGCGUCCUUGAAGAUCUCAAAGACCUCAGUUCAAAAAAAUUUACAUGAAGAAUUAGGAGUAAGAUUAGUUUCUCGUUGGAUACCCCACAUGUUGACUGAAAAGCAGAAAGCAGCCAGGGUUAAUUGGUGUCAAAAAACGCUUGACCGUUCCAAUUCCGGAAACUCAAAAAAUGUGUACAGCAUUGUUAGUGGUGAUGAAUCGUGGAUUUACUGUUAUGAGCCAGAAAAUAAACGACAGUCGGUCAUCCGUUCUCGAAGUGUUUCGAAAAAGAUGGUCGCGACAUUUGUGUCAAAAGCGGGUCAUAUUGCAACAAUUCCUCUUAAUGAGCAAAGAACUGUUACUGCGGAUUGGUAUACCACCAUUUGUUUGCCAAAAGCCAUCACCCAGCUUCGAAAAAUCAACCCCGAAAGAAGAAUCAUCCUCCACCAAGACAAUGCAAGCUCACACACCGCCCAAAAAACAAGGCAGUAUUUAACGGAAGAAAACUUGGAAUUAUUGGACGAUCCUCCAUAUAGUCCCGAUCUAAGUCCUAACGAUUCCUUUACUUUCCCGAAAAUUGAAAACAGACUGCGUGAAGAAGCAUGGUGCAGACAACGGUCACUCUGGGAUCAGGAAUGGAACAGUAUUGUCUUUAGUGACGAGUCUCGAUUUUGUUUAGGCAUGCACGAUGGUCGUGCCAGGGUUAGAAGGCGACGUGGUGAAAGGAGUAAUCCACAGUUUUUUGUUGAAAGACAUGUUCAUCACAAUGUUGGAGUUAUGGUUUGGGGUGCUUUAGCUUAUGGUUCCAGGUCACCUUUAAUCUUCAUCAGAGACUCCUUUCAACAUAAUGAUGUCACAUUGUUACCAUGGCCACCAAGAUCUCCGACUUAUCCCCAAUUGAGCACGAGAUUGCUCAAUUUGCAACGUCCUCCUCAGACUCUAGAAGCACUUCGAGAGGAGUUGGUGGUUGCCUGGAAUGAGAUACCACAGGAGGACAUUGACCACCUGAUCAGAAGCAUGCCUAGGCGCGUUGGAGAAUGCGUAGCACAUCAGGGUGCAUCCACACAUGAUUAA